UUAGGUGUUUUAUUUUACCGACAUUCAAUUUCAAGUUUGUUGUUCUUUGAGGGAUGCGUGAUGCCUUAUUGCAAAUACAUAUGUUAUUUUUUUAAUAAAAUGUAAUCCAAGCAGAGUUUAAAAAUGGGACGAAGCAAGUUUCCAGGAAAACCAUCCAAACAUUGUCACAGAAAAAGAAUAAAUGUGCUUCCCCCAACAGGAGAAUUGGAACAUGAAAAGAAAGGCUCAUCAGGGGCAAAUACAGGAGCGUCUAAAGAAAAUAAACAAGAAGAAGAAGUUGGUGAAAAUGAAUGUAAAAGACAUCAAACAAAUAAGUCAAGACCUUUAAACAGAAGGCUGUCCAGAAAACUGAGCACUACAAUUCGAAUUAAUAGCCGACAAAGAAAUUUUAUAUCAAAAAUUCGGAAUAAGGCUGCCUUAAAAAAUAACAGGUCUAGGCACAUUUCAAAAGGUCAUGUGCACAAAGGUUCUUCAAAUUUUGCAGGAAAAUUUAUAUUACCCUCAAGAAGUGUGCAUUCUUCAAGAGUUAUUAAGCCUAAUAAGAGAUUUAUAGAUCUAAAUGAGUCUGUUACAAUUAGGAAAAGGAGUUUAGUUAGGUUACCUUUAAAAUCAACUGAAGUAAAAAAUAAUAAUUUUGAUUCAGAUCCCAAGGACAAGUUAGCAUAUUCAAAUGGCCAUAGAGUAAUUUUACGGCAGGCUCGACUUAAACUACCCACUCAUUCUGGGACCAAUGGACCUUUUUCAUCCAACAUCCAUAAUGGAGCUGGAACAAUAAUUUGUAGUGUGUGUGGGGCUAUCCGCUAUUACCAUUUUAUCAAGCAAGCUCGUAAGUUUAAUAUCUACAGCUGUGAAUCCUGUAGGAAGUUCAUAUCCAAACAGAUAAAAAGGCAAAAUGUUGGUUCUGGUAUUGCCAACCCUCUCAGUUGUUUAUUGGGACAAGGAAACUGCCAUGUACCACCAGUAGAGAAAAGUCAACACCUGAAGAUCACAAAGUGUUCUAACAGAUCUCGCUGUUCAGCUUGCUGGCUUAAGAUGUGCCUAAAAACUUACCACUUGCCAAUUACUUUGAAGCAAAACCUUACUCAACUUCUUCCUACCAAUAUGAGGAGUAUUGAUUUCUCAUUUAGUAACUCAGUACCACCAAUUCUUUGGCAAAGAAAUUUAGAAAAUCAGAGCAGCAGUAAGUUUAAUUUGAAACAAAGACCAGUAAGGUUGAGGCCUACACAACAAUCCCAAUCUACAUUAACUGUUGCAACACCUGAAGUUAAAAGGCAAAAAAUUGACCUAAAGGGUCCAAGAGUAAAACAUGUCUGUAGAAGUGCCUCCAUAGUAUUAGGACAGCCCCAAGCAACUUUUGGUGGUGACAUUAGUGAUAAGAAGGCUGUUAGUGACAUCUCAGAAACAGGAAGUGAAAAGAUAUUUAGUAGUGAGUUAUCAAAAGUUGGUGAAUCUUUUAAAAGUGACUUGUCUUAUUUAACUGAUGAAGAUAUUGUUUCGAGUAGUGGGAGCUGUAAAAGUUUUAGGAGUUCUUCAGAAAAAAAUAUUCUUUCAAAAAGGGAAUGUUCCAGGAGCCUUGUAUCAUUUAUUAAUAAAGAGACUUCUUUACCUACCACACCUACAGCAUCACCUCCUAAGGGAAUUGCUUUAGAUUAUCCUGCGGAGAUUAACAUAGAAAAUACAUUCAAGGCAGGGUUUCCAGUCAUCACUACAAAAAAAAAUGAUUUAACAACUGCCCUCUGCUUUAUUUGUGGAAGUGCAGGACUGGAAAGCAUGUUAAUCUGUUCUAUCUGUUGUGAACCAUAUCACAAUUUUUGUGCAGAGAGUCUUGGAAUGAAAGUAGAUUCUAAUCCGGAAUGGAUCUGUCUCAGAUGCACCUCUUGUCACAGCUGCCAAGGCAUUGAUAAGAGCAAGAUUACCUGUUCUAAGUGUGAGAAUAUAUAUCAUGUAGAGUGUUUUAGUAGCAGUGAUGAUAGUGGACCUAAAUUGCUUUGUAAACAGUGUACAAGAUGUCAUGAUUGCGGAAAAUCAACAACUUUUCAUCUUACAAGUGUUCCUGGAAAUGUGCCUUUAUGUUUAAAUUGUUUGGAUAAAAAUAAAACAGGGUUAAACUGUGGGAUUUGUCAACGUUCUGUUCAGGAGUACAGUGAAACCUGCAAGGUGUUGGAGUGUUCAAAAUGUAGGACGUGGGUACAUUCAGACUGUGAGAAAUUAACCAGUGAACAAUACGAUAUUUUGAAACUUUUACCAGUGUCUUCUAAUUUUUGUUGUAGUAAAUGUUUACAGGAUUCUUCUCAUCUGUCGUGGAGACGAUCUGUGCAGAAUUUUUUGUACAAGAAUUUUACUCAAGUUUUUCGGCUUUUGCUUAAAAAUAAAACCGCUAAAAUGAUUCUCAAGAAAACAAAUUUUAAAGAAAAUGUUUUCCGGAGUCACGUGUUAACAAAUAAUAUUGAUGUUGACAAUAAUAAUUACAAGGAUCCUGAUAGAACUAAUUCUCUGGGGAGAGCUAAGGAACUUAUUAGUGACUGUUAUGUAAAUUCUCUAAUAGGCAUCAAGCAAAGGCUGUGUGAAUAUACUUCUGUAAAAAAAUUUAACAACGAUAUGAAGCAAGCUUUACAACUUUAUGAGUCAGAACAAUUAGGUUUAAUAUAUAUAAAUAUAUUUCAAAAUGUUUUCCCCUGGUUUGGCCGAUCACACGAAGAAGCUGGGAACGUUCCUUUAGGUGCAUACAAUCAUAUUCGUCUAGGACAUAUCCAGAAUAUUAAUGAAUUUCCGCUAUUACCUCGUAACAAAACUGACAGCAGAUGCUGUGCACUUUGUCAAGUUACCGGUGAUGGUUUGGGAAACCAGGAAGCCAGGUUGUUAUAUUGUGGUCGUAAUAUUUGGGUUCAUGCCAACUGUGCGUAUUGGUCUACAAAUAUUUAUGAAAGUAUAGAUAAUCAUCUUCAAAAUGUUACAAAUACUAUAGAAUGUAGUAAAACCUUAUGCUGUGCAGCUUGUGGUAGUAUAGGGGCUAGUGUCCAAUGUCAAAUAUGUAAAUCAUUAGCGUAUCACUAUAUGUGCGCAAGAAAGGCGGAAUUCAAAUUUAAGAUGAUUGAUAAGGCUUGCUUCUGUCCCAAUCAUCUGCCAAGUGAAUCUAUGUAUGUUAUUAAAACAGAUGAUGAGUUCGAGCUUAACAGAACAAUUUUCGUGGAGCAGUCCUCAAAAGAAUCAAGAUCGGAAGCUGAAAAAAUUAUUUGCCAAAUAGGAUCAUUAUGCAUAAUUAGUUUGGGAAAAAUUGAACCUGUACUAUCUGACAUGACAGAGUACCUAAUCCCAUCGGGUUUUAUUUGUACCAAAUUAUUUUGGUCAAUUAAAGAACCUUGGAGGCUUGUUAGCUACGUUAUCAGUACCUCUAUCCAAAAUCCUAAUUGCACUACCUUGACGGUAGAUAAGAAUUUUACAAUUAAUCAUUCUCAGGAUAAAGAAUGUAUAGAGCGGAUGACUAAAGAACUAAACGAUUGGCGGCGUGUAUAUGAGAAGAAAGGACAAGAAGUAGACUCCGAGGAUGAAGAAGAAAAGAAUGGCCCCGAGUUACUAUCACCGGAAUUAACUGAUACCAUUCUGGAGGAUUUACCGCAUGAUAUUCUAGAUGGAAUUUCUGUUCAAGACAUUUUUCAGAACUUUAGCUAUGAAGAUAUGCUGAGUUUAGAUAAUAGCAAUUCCGAGAGCAUCACGGACUCUUUAAAGAAAGUUGAAGAAGAGGAGGUCUUGUUGGACAGUAAAUCUGAAUUUUUGAUAAGGACUCGACUUCCCCCUUUAAGUCUUACUGUGAGUUGUAAAGUUAAUAGUACUCAUCCUCCAGUUACUAAAAAGAGAAAACUGUCAAAAGAAAUAUCAAAUAAUGUAUUACUUCUGCAGGUUGAUGGAACAUUUGAUGAUGAUACUUCUAGUGAAUGUACUUCGCCUACUGAAGUUAAUUCUUUAAAUACAUGGGGUACAUCCGAUGAACCAGUUACAUGUGAAAAAUGCCAAUGCACGUAUAGGACACGAAUAAGCUACAAACGUCAUCUAGAUUCGUGUGAAAUUUUCUGUACCAGUGAAAGUGAAUCCGAAAACCCGUCAGAAUUUGAUCAGAGCAACCAAAUAGAGGAAGAAACCUUAAACCCGGCUCCAGAAUUACAGUUUACUGUUCAAGUUAAUGAACAAACUCAGCCAGUUUUAGUACAAGCAUUUGAAUCAUAUCAGAGUCAAGUGCAUACAUCUGUUGUAAAUAUGGUGCCAGAACGAAUUACACUGCCACCUCCUACACUAGUACCACAACCGACGCAGCAACUUGUGCAACCAACUGUAUCAAUUCCAGAACAAACCCAGUCUAUUCCUAUUUCUGUUCCUCUCUGUAUGGGCCAGUCUGUUACAUCUCAGAUAGUUCAACCACCUAUGGAAUUUCAACAGCCACAAGCUCAACAAAUAUCUCUUCAGCCAAUGCAGUCAGUGAUGAUUCAGCGUCCUCCUAUUUCUAGAGAACCUGUAGUUCUUCAACAAAUCCAGCCAGCAUCAACACCUAGUUUUAUGCCGAUGGUAGAUUCAUUUGGACAAAAUCAAACAAGUCAAGGUGUUCAAUUGCUUCAGAUAUCUCAACAAAUGCAGCCACAGACCCAACUGUUACAGAUAAGCUCUGAUGGUAAUGUAAUAGGAAUUGUACCUAGCAUUCAACCUACAACUGUUCUUAUGCAACAACCUCAGCAGCUUGUCUUGGACACUAGCGGUACUUUUGGAUGGACUCAACAGCCGCAACCACAAAUCUACUAUGGUUUUGAAACGAUUGUACAAAAUACUGUUAUGCAAAGCCAACAGUUUAUUCCCACCCCCGUACCUGGGGUAUUAGCAGCUAAUAGCAGCUACAGUACCACGACGCAAGUCUUUCAAACCAGCAAGCUAGAACCAGUACUUGAUGUUGCUUCAAAUAGUUUUGUCUUAGUAAACUCUUCCUUAGAGAUGCCUCAGCAAUUUCCUCAAAAUCAAAGCACUACUGGUGGAGCCUCUCAAAAUCACGCAUUCAUUUUCACCUCUCAACCAUCGACUACUCAAAAACCCAUUCCCGUAAGUUCACAAAAUUGUAUUACUUUGCCUACAGCGCCUUUUGUCUCCGAUCAAAAUAUACCAAUAAGUAUUGUGCCGCCUAUUCCUAAACCACCUACGUCUUAUAAUAGACCUAUGAACAGGGUUUUGCCAAUGCCUGCCCCUGUUCAAGCUACCAAAGCAUCAAAAAAAGCAGCAGAAUCUGCGAAGUUUCAGGAUAUCGAAAAACCUCAAAUUAAGGCAAUUGAUGAAAAAUGUAAUUUUUCAAAAGAAUCCUUAAAAGUUUUAGAGUUGCCCAAGACAAGAAAUAAAGUUGAAGUUUUAGAUUAUAAAGUUUUCAAUAAAUCACAAUCAAAGAUCGAGCAUAAUUCUAAAAUCGAAGAGAAAUCGCUCAAAAAAAUAGAACCAGUGCAAAAGCUACCUAAGUUAUUUACUUACAAACCACUAAAAGAACUUGAAAAAGUUAAAAUAGAUAUGUUUGCGAAAUCAAAGAAGACUUUUAAUAUGUUUGAGGAGGAAAAGUCUUUAAAACUUGACAGUAUUAAAAAUUUAACUGCUGUCGAAAACCGAUUAAAAAAUUUCGACAACCACUUGCAGCAAAAAGUUAAAAUUGCGGCUAUACAGAAAAAACCUCAAAACGAUAAUAAACCUAAAACUAAUAUUACGACCACUAAAUCCCUAAUUGAGAAAAUUGAGAAGAUCGAAGAAGAUUGCAGUUUUAAGUCGGAGAUGACACCUUUAAAAAAUAAUUUAGAUAACGUACAAGACGGGAUUCAGAAACAGAAGUUGGAAAUAGAUUCGUCGUUAACAACACAAGUUAAAGAUAACAUUAUGAAUAUUCAAUUUGACCAAAGCAAGUCCUUUAUUAAUGUUGCACAAGUACCGAUUAAGCAGAACAUCCCUCUCCAAAUUUUUCCUGUUACUGAACCCUUUCAAGAAGUUCCUCACGCACCUCCAAUGCUUAAAAAUACUCACUCAGAAAAGCCUUUAGAUAUGCCACAGCUGGAUGAAAUGAUGAAGUUAGAAGAGCACAAAGAUACAAAAAUCUCGGAGCAACAAAUUAGUUGCAAACCAGUUCAGGAAUUGUCCUGUGUUUCUAUUUUAGAGGAAGUUGCCAAACCUGAGACUAGUAGCAAAAGUAUGCUAAGUGACCAGGUAGGAAAAGCUACCAAAUCGAUAGAUACAAUUAAUAUUGCAAGUUCCAAAUCAGAAUUGAAAAAAGAACCGGAAUCCAGCAAAACGCCUUCCAUCAUUUAUACGUUAGAAAAUGAAGAUGAAGGUUUUAAAUGCUCAUCGACCUCCAUCAGUGAAUGUUGGGCAAAAGUUCUUAAAGCUGUUCAAAAUGCCAGAGUUGCACAUAACAUGCCACCUUUACCAACUGAUGGCAAGCAUAUAAAGUCCGUCCAAGUGACUGGGUUGCAAUCAAGCCAUAUAAAGUAUUUAGUUGAACAACUACCUGGAGCUUCAAAAUGUGUGCGGUAUAAACCUUUAUUUAAGUUUAUGCCACAUGCACAAAACUCCUCUGACAUAUGCGCUCAUGGGUAUGGAGCUAUAAGAUGUAAACCUCACAAAACUAGAAAUACCGAACCUAAUGACGUAUUUUGUUGGCUGUCAUCAAAACAUAGGGAUCCCUUUACGGCGUUAGAUUCAGGAGUAGGACAAUCCAGGAGGGUAAACAACUUCCCAAUGGCAAUGAAAUUCAAGAAUUUAAAGUUAACUUCUAAAUAUUCUGUGGGAGUUUACAGAUCUCGGAUUCACGGUAAAGGUUUGUUUUGCCUUAGGGAUAUAGAACCUGGAGAGAUGGUUAUAGAAUACGCCGGAGAGGUUAUACGGUCUAUACUGACAGAUAAACGAGAAAAAUUUUACAAUUCGAAAGGUAUUGGUUGCUAUAUGUUCCGAGUAGAUGACAAUUUUGUGGUGGACGCGACUAUGAAGGGAAAUGCUGCUAGGUUUAUCAACCAUUCAUGUGAUCCAAACUGUUAUUCGAAAGUUGUAGAAAUAAUGGGCUCCAAGCACAUCAUAAUUUUUGCACUAAGAAGAAUUCUCAGCGGGGAAGAGUUAACGUACGACUACAAAUUUCCGUUUGAAGAGGACAAAAUUCCGUGUACUUGCGGGGCAAGGCGAUGUCGAAAAUUUCUUAACUAGUAAUUAAUGCUUUCUUACUGCGAUUUAACAUUCGAAAAUUAUAAGGAAGGCUCUUUAUCAUAAGAAGAAAAGGGCUAUUUUAAGUAGAAAUAAUUGUCGAGUUGUACAAAACAUGUUAUUAGACGUUUGAUUAAGUGGCUGUCUUAUAUACACGACUCUUGAAAAUAUCGAUUCUAUAAAAUAGAAAAAUGUUGUAAAGCAGUAUUUAAAAUUUAAAAAUUUUGGCUGUGAGUUCUAAUGUAUUUUUUAAUAGCCGUUUAGGUCUGAUAUUGUGGUAGCCAUUAAAAAAACACCGAUGAUAUUUUAUUUUAAAUAUUUGCCAAUACAAGUUAAGCCCGAAUAUUGAUGAAUACUUUAAAUAACAUCAGUAUAUCAAACGGCAUGAUUCAUUUAUCGAAUUUAGAUAUACAAGUGUAGCCAACUAUAACAAAAUAAUAUAUAACUAAAGCACAAGUUAAAAAGGGAACAGUAGCGUUUCUCCUACCUCACCAUUAAAAGCAUUGAUAUGAAUUAGUCUUUUCACUGCUUUCUUAAACCAAAGCUCCUAAAUCUAAAUCUCAGUUUCAGGUCUAAUUUCGUUGGGAUUCUAACAAUUAUGCAGGAGGUGUACAGAAAUAUCUUGUCUGAAAGAGUUACUCGUAGAUAUUUUUUGUCAAAAUCAUUUGUUUUAAUUGAAAUAUUUGUCAAAAUACCCAUUCAAAUAUUGUCCUGUGUUUUAAAUCUUAUUAUCAGCAAAAACUAUAUUUGUUUAUAUAUCUUUUAAAUGUUCAACACAAUUAAUUACCUAUUUUGUUGGAUACUACGUUACUACUAAAAAAAUAUAAUAUAGGUGAAACCUGUGGAUCAUUACUAAAAUGAAUUACAAAACAUAAAACACAAUGAUUUUCAAAAAUCGAAAAUUAGACAACAUGCAUAUGACCACAUAAUCAUAGAUUAAACUGGGCUUCCUCAAUUUUAGCAAAGACUGACAAAAAAGCCAAACUCUUUAAGACGCAAAGCAACAUUGGAAGUAGGACAUAAUAUAUUACUGUGUUUUUCUUUAGUUUAAUUGCUACAUGUGGCACAGCCUUUUAUUAUACCCAUUUUAUCUGGCAUACGAUUACCGUUAUUAGAAAGACGAAUGGUAUUCAACAUUUAUGAUUCCUACACCAGUUUGUUUCUUUUUUGCAAAAUCUUUCAUUGGCUCGUAACCUCUUUUACGCCUGGAGCAAUAUUAACAAGGAACAAUAUAGCAGACAAAUGAAAUGUCACCGGAAGGCAAAAUCUGAUUCAUGUUGUUUGUCCCAAACCACUAUCGUUAAAGGUAUCUUUUCCCCGUAAUAGCUUGUAAAAUCACAACCCAGACUUUAAAUCCUCGUUUUAUUGGCUUCAUGGGCAUGUAUUACUUUAAUGAAGAACGUCCCUUAAAACCAAGAAUACUUUCAUCUGCUGAAAUAAAACAACUUGAAGAAAAGUUUCACUGAAAUCUGUCUUUAAAAUAAUCACAGAAAGGUCGAAUUUUGUCAAAUUCUGGAGUACCUCUUGCCAGCAGCAUUCACUAUUGUCAAAAUGCAGAAAAACUUAAAAUCUUCGAAAAAGUUUCGUCCACUGACCACUAUAGUUUAUAAAAAAGAACAUAAUGAAAUCCCAUAUAGAUUAUUAUCCCUAAAAAUGCUCUAAAUUCAUCCAAGCCUAAAGACACUUACCACCAAGUUCAGUUGUAUAAAUAUUGGACAGUUGAUCUAUGUCACAUAAGAAAGUCCGUAAAAAUUAUGAAAAAUGUUGUAUAGGAUUACAAAAAUUUUAGUUAGUAAGUUAUUCAUCUUUCAUAUAAGGCCAAACAAUUUUCACAUAAAGAAGGAAAAUAUUCGGCGUCGCUUUCGUUUUCACUUUCACUGCUGCAAGAUGUAACUCCCGCCAAAGGUUGUUUUUUGAAGCUGACGAUCGAUUAUGCGCCGGUAUAAAUCAUCUUCUUCAUCGCAAUCUCCACCAAUGUCUGAAAAUUGAGCCUGUUAUUUCAGUUAGUGCACUGAUUAUAACUCUAAUGUUUUCUCGAGAAGGUACUGGAAUACUGGCCGAUCUAAAAAUUACAAAAAAACUAUAAACUCAAACACCUCAUUAUUAUUGCUUAUUUUUAUUUUUCAAAUUAGGUUAUUAUUUGGACAGAAUGUUAAAUAACAUCUUUGCCCCAUGAAAUAUACCUCUCGAAAUUAUGUUCCCAGUUAGAAAAAAACUAUGCUUAAUCAUAAUUAUUUUAUAAAUCAACAUAAAUUUACUUUGUUUUUAAAUUUUUUUUUUAAAUUUAUGUUUUUGAUAGUUUCAAUGUCCAUGUAUUCUUUUUUUUUCAAAUAUUUUCUAAAAAUAAAACAAUUGCAUUAAAAUUAACAGUUCAACCUGAAAAUGUGUUACUUACCUCUUAAUAUUAUUCUUUAAACCAUUUAAAAGAAAACACACAUUUUAUGACAAAACUUACCAAUUUAUACAUUUUUAUUUCACCUUAAGUUGCUUUGGGAUAGUAAUUUCUCACCUUCAGUUUUCUUGUGACCUCUUCGACGACUUAAGAAAAACUAAACAGUUUCGAUGAUAUUUCGAUGAAUAUGCAGGGCGUUGUAAGGCUCUGCAUAUUUGUAAGAAUUUAUUAACCGAUAAAAACUAUAGUAUUUUGUAGGUGGGAAAUUAUUGCCCCAUAAACACCUAAAGGGUUAUGUAAAUUAAAAGUUUUGAAAAUUAAAAAUUUGUAAAACAUUUCAUAUAUAAUUCUAAGUUAAGAUAAAUGCAUAGCUAGUUGUCCAGUUGAUUUUAAUACAUGGAUUCGUUUGCUAAAAAGAAAGAUAGAACAUACCAUUCUAAAAAUUAAUUGAAGAAUAGAAAUAUGUUUUAUGCAUGUAUUUUGUAAUAUUUAAAUAUAUUGGGAAGACACCCUUUACCAUAUUUAAAAAAGUAUCCUUCGUGUUUUGUUUGUUACUUUUUGAAACAGUUUUAUCAAAGUCCAACAAAUGUCAAUUUGAAAAAGUAUUUGCCUGUUUUUGGAAGAAUAAAACAAAGAUAAGUAAAGUUAUAUUUUUAAUAUAAUUUUAUUUACUUUAAUAAAGGUAUUAAAUUUAACUAUCGGAAACGUUGAUUUAAGUAUUUUUUUUUUAUAAACGUAGGAGAUAGUAUUUUCUAAAUUUAUAUUUGUGUAAAUAGUAACGUAAUACCCAAUAGAAUAGGAAACCAAUUUUAAAUUUGUCAAUAUAUGUUUUACGUAAUUUAAUGCCAUCGUACGAAUUAUAUUAAUGUAGGUUAUGUUUAUUCAAUUUAUAUAUAUCAAAACUUAAAAUCCAUGCGGUUUAUCUUGACUACUUGAGGACACAGAAAUCUAUUCGCCUGUGGUAGCAUCUCGCUAAGUACCGUCAAAUGGGGUAAAGUGGAUAAAAAAUUGAGGUUUUUUAAAAAUUCGGUAAAGACGUACACAAAUCUUUGGAGCACUAAUAUUUAGAAUUUUUAGUACCUGCCCUUUAAUAUUGCCAAAUUUUAGCUUUUUUUUGUCUAUAAUUUUUAAAGUGGACAACAUGUAAAUUUUCACGUAAAAUUCGUUUUAAAAAUGUGUGAGGUAAAGUGAAUAACUAAAUAUCGUUUUAAAAAUUAGUUUUCCAAAAAAAAUUUGGUAAAAAAGAAAUAAAACAAACUUUUUAUUCUUAAUAGAAAUGUUAAUGGCUAAUAAACUUUAAAACAUAAAAAACGAAAGAUUUAAAUAAAAUAAAUUGAAUUAAAAAAAUUAACUCAAAAUAAACAAAAAUAAAUAAUCAAAAUUAUUUUACUGAAGAGAAAUCCGCAUUCAAAAAUAAAUGUUUUCCACGUUUGACACUGCUUAAAGUUAACUUUUGUACACUUUGUUCCCUAUUGACAGUAAGUUAUGUCAGCAACAACAGGGUAAACAAAAAAUAUGUUUUUUUUGUCGUUUUGUUUUUUUAAUGCAUUUAUGACAAACUCAUUUUUUCCAACCAAAUUUUCUAUUUUGCCAACAAAUUUUCUGUCACGUUUAUUUGUAAAAAAAUUCACUAUUACGUAAUCACCUAUUUCUAAUUUUUUUUCAAGAUUAAAGCACGGUAGGUCAAUUUCACUUACAUCACCAUUAUUUUCUUCUCCGUCAGAGUCUGAGUUUGCUUUCAAUGGGCUUUCAGGAUUUUCCAGGAUGUUGUCUUCGUCUUCCAAGGAUCUGAUAAUAUCUCUGGCUAAGAUUUUUUCCCGCCAUUUUUUCCCGCGUUUUUGGAUACCAGUCUUCGGUCCUGUUCUGUAAGACUCUAAGUGACUUACAGGGGCAUCGAACCAGGCUUUUUCCAUGGCAUCUUCCAUAGGGACAUUUCCGCCUACAUUUCUAGGAAUUUUGCAAAGGACAGCGUUGGGGUCAAACGGAAUGAUUCCACACGCCUUAAAUCCUGAAAUCGAAUUUUUUUCAGAAUUCACACCAACUUUCUCGAUUGCCUCUUUUAAAAGCCUUGGAAACACGGUUUUGGAAUAACCCCCCGGUUUUUCUGCUUCCAUGCCUCCAAUACAUUUCGCCAUGCAUCUUUCAGGGGCCGAAAAUAGGCCACAUCAAGUCGCUGUAAUAAGUGGGUGGAAUUUAGCGGCAAUAAUACAAAACGAAUGUCAUUGGAUUCGCAUGCUUGAAUAACGCUAAGAGUUAGAUGGCUACUCAAAUUAUCGCCUAUUAACACCUUAGGCCUGACCAAAUUUUUUGUGUGUGGGAUAAGAAUAUUCAGGAACCAAUCUUCAAAUAUUGCAGAAUCGAACCAUCCACUGGUGGUUCUGCUGUAUCUGCUUCCUGGAUAGCCGCCUUCUGACCAUUCAGGGUAAAGAUGCUUGGCUUUAUAAACUAUGUAUGGGGGCAAUAAUGCUCCACUUCCCGAUAUCGCAAACAUUACGCUGGUGCUUGUUUUAGACGUAUCUAUUAUCCUAUGUGCAUGUUUUACCCCGCGUUUUACGACAACCCUUACUGAGCCAGGGUAAUUGACAAAAUUGCUUUCAUCAUAAUUUAUGACGUUACAUGGUGGUACAUUUUCCAAAGUUUUUUGAACCUCAGAAAAAUAAUUAUUAAGCAUCUCAUAGUCGACGGAUGCCUUACCUCUUUUAAUGUUUUUAGCCAAUUUUAUUGUUAGAUUAGGGUUUCUUGCCAUUAAUGCCCUGAACCAAUCCAAACCCGGUAAAUUAUCUGUAAAUCUUUUCUCUCGGCACCCCAGAUUAUUUAGAUAUUGCUGAACAAUUAAUCUUAUGUCGGUUGAUUUUAAUGGAAACCCCCAGCCAUCAACUAGUAAUUUUUCCUCAGCCUCCGGCAAAACUGGCUGUCUGCCAUAUUUUAAAGGACGCUUACCAUGAACCCGGUUGUACAAGGUUGUGUGUGGUACGCCAUAUUGUUCUGCAGCUUCCCGGACAUUUCAUGUUCUUUUGUUGACCGCCGUCACUGCCCUUAUUAGAAAUAUUUCUUUGUAAUUUUUUUGCCGGCUGGCCUAAUUUUCUUCUUAUAUACUCUUGGCAUAUUUCUCAAAAAAAAAAUAAGAAAACAUAUUCCAAUCUAAUGUCUAAUUUCUUUCAAAAUUCUGUGAUCCACUUUACCCCACAAAGUUGAUAUUUUUUAUAAUUCCGCGAAAAAAUAAUAGUGUAAUUUUUUGUUUGUAAACUCGCACUGAAUAUUGUGAUCUACAUACAGUAUAUAAUUACCACAAACAGCCAAAAAACCCGUGUGGUGUAUACUUUUCAACCAACAACAAUUUUACGGCAAACACGAACUGAAACAAAACUGCAAUAGUGAACGCUACCAGCCUCAAACAUGCCAUCCACUAGACCAGAUAUUCGCCUCGUGCACUUGUGUAAACUUGUAUAAAGUGCGGGGCGGCAGCACUGUCGUACCGUGACGUUGAAGGUCGAUCAACGAGUUCGGACUGUUCGAGUUAACUUUACCCCAUAGUUUCACUUUACCCCAUUUGACGGUACUUUGUGUGUUUGGCAUAUCUACAUAUGUACAUACAUUUAUAUCUUAUUGAAGAAGACGAUCUUUUCGCAUAAGAAUUCCAAAUUAAAAACAUUCCUGUCAACUAAACUAGAUGUCUAAACAAACGUUUUAGAAAAUUCCUGUUUUCUUGUGCUAAUGACAAAACUAGAUUUCGAUUUUAUAUUAGAUUCGAAAGUUUUAUUAUGAGCGGAUAAUGAUGAGAUAUAAAAAUAAGCAUUUUUACUGCUUUUGACGUAAUAAUCUUCUCUGGGAUAGUUGCCAAUUAUUAUAUUCUCGCUUUUGAGCAUGCGAUUGCUUUUAGAAUAAAUUACUUUGAACUAAUUCCAAGAGCAAUAGCCCUGCAGAUUCUUUAAUUUCUUGCCUAGUGCUAGUUUAGGUUUAUGUAUACAAUCCCAAUUUAACUUUCAGGCAACGAGUAGAUCAUUUUCUUGUUUCUGCUUCUCGAAUAUAAAAUGCUCUAAAGUUGAUUUUGGAUUUCUGAUAUUUCGUUUUAACUCUAACGUUGUAAUUCUGUUUUCCUAGGGGUGAGUUAGGAAGGAAUGCAUACUGUCAGGCAUUUUUAGAUAGAAAAAUGCCAUGUUUCUAAAUUUGUAUUUAAAUGAACGUCACUAGUCAGCAUUUUUUGGUGUAUUUGACUUUCAGUACCACAUCAUUUUGCUAUUGCAAUUAGAGAGGACAUAGUAAUGUUAUUUAACGAAUUCAUAAAAAAAAACUACUUAUUGAAAAAAUAGUGGAAAAGAUAUUACAUGUUUUUUAUAUGUAACAUAUGUAUGUUAUUACAUAUCUGGCAAAUAAAAGCCAGCUUCUAAACUUUACGUUUUUCCUUGAAACAUUCAGAUUCACUUGAGUAACACUUCUGAGCUGCUGUCUAAAAACCUCCUUUGUGAUAUAAAUAUAUUAAUUUGUUUUUCUUAUUUGAAAAACUAGCUUUAUGAUGCUCUUAUUUAAAUAAUAAAAAUUGUAUUUUGCUAGUCAUACCCUUUUGUUUUAUUUGUAACUAAUUUUAGAAUUUGUAAUGGUUAAUUUUUAAAUAAUUUAAAAAUUAAAAAGAUGACUAGAGAAUUUGUAUGGUCUUACAUGUUGCUUUUCAUUGUGUAACUAUUUUUUGUGUACUGUUAAAAAAAUUAAAAAAUUUGGAAACAUAUAAACCUUUAUAUUUAAUAUUUAUUUUUGUAAAAAAGAUAAAAGCAUUUUAUACAUUUUAAAAUCUUAUUUUUGUAUAGUAGAUAACUAAGUUGUUCGUUUACCGUCUAAAUGUAGAUUGUACAGUUUAUAUAAUAAUUAUUAUACAUAUUCUUUAAAUUGUUAUUAAGAGAAUGUAAUAACAAUUUUUUCAAAUAGAUAAGAACUUAUUAAUAUUAGUGGUAAACAAUCAUUUAAUCCUUUUGUUUAAAAAAAUGCACACAAUAAUUGUGCUUUUUCCAUAUGUUGGGAAUUCUUUCUAUAUGUGAACAAGCAUUGAAUGAAGCUGAAUUCCGCCUAUUCCACGGAGAUCAUUUACAACCUUAUGAAAAGAAGUACUUUCACCAAUUAAGGUCUCUUUCCAUUACACCGUACCCUGUUAGGGCCGUAAUAGGAACGUGUUAGGCGCCCCGAUUACCAUCUAUGUGUUAGCUAAUGGUAAUGUGAGGUGACGAGGGACGGUCUAAGGGGUAUUGUCUGAUAACUAUCGGUUCAAAGAAUAUUAGUUUGCAUAUGUCGAUAAGGUUACUGUCCUAGUAUGGUAGGGUGUAACGGACAAAGACCUUUAUUUAUAGACGAACGUGCUGAUACCAUAAAAGCUAGCUAAUGUAUGAAAAUUUGUUUAAAAAAUAUAAUUAAAGCAAUAUGAAGAAGUUAUAUUAGCUCAUUACGUAAAAUAAUACUAAACUCAGAUAAAGUCUAAGUUUUUUUCUGAAAUCAUUACGUUAUUAAAAAAAUGGAUGCGUUAUUUGCCAAUAUAUAAGAAAUUCAAAAAUAUGAAAAGAAACCUUUAGUGGCAAAAAGAUUUUGGUGUAUCCAGACUCGAUAUUAAAUACUUAUAACUUAGGAACAUAAAUAAAUUAGGAACUUCAAAUCACACAACCAUGAUAUCUUUCUUUACGCGUGUUUCGCUAACAUUAUUAGCACCUUCGAGAGAAAAUUAAAACUAAGUUUUCAUUUCAAAAGAUUAUAAUUCUUAAAAUUUAUUUAUAUAUUACAUAAUCCUAAAAGAUUAACACUGAGUUUUAGUCUUCUCCCGAACAUCGUUACCGAAACUCAUGUCAAGAGGAAAAUAAAGAGCUUUGGUUAGUGGUAAAACUGUUGUGAUUCGAGUGUCACACCAAAGGUUCCAACCAUAGGGCAAAUUAAGAAUUCCUCAAGUAAAACUACUAUAUUAAUUAUAUUAUCUGAUAAAUAUGGUUCUGAAACUGCAUAUGGUAUAUUUUUGAAUUUCUAUGUACAAUUGCGUUUAAUGAUGUAGUGAUUUUUGAUUAACACAGUCUAUUUAAAUAUUGGUGUUUUUAUUUAUUUAUUUAAAAGUUUAUGAUAAAAUAUAUAUAAAUUAAGGUCUUGGUAAUUAAAACUAAAAGUAAAGUUUCAAGACUAAAAAAUAGAUUCUGAAUGAUCAAAGAUGUCUGCUAAAAAUUUCAUUUAUUUUUGACUAAAAAAAUAGGUUUAAUUUGGUAAUACCUUUUUUAUGUUUGCAAACAUCUGACUUCGAUGUUGCUUAAGAAAUGUUUUGUUGAAACUUUUUUUUUAAUAUUGAUGAGGAUGUAUUUGAAUUUUAUUACAUCACCGGCAUACUGUACAGAUUUUUUAGCUUUAACAAUAUAAAUGACAAUAUAAACAUAUCAAUAUGAAUCCCAUGGGUAGAUAUAUACUACCAUGUGAUAUAAGGCCUUCUUAGGUAGUCUAAUAGUUAGGUGUUAAUGGGAUGAUUUAGUGUCUUAUAAAUAACUGUAAAUUAUAUUUUAAUAUGGCUAAUCAUACCCAUUUUGGUGCUUAAUAUAUUACAUUGUUUUGUUUUCUCCUAAGCAGCUGUCCGAUGAAAAUUGUAAUGAAUAAAUGAUAUUAAUUUGA